GAGUCAAUGAUAAAUUAUCUGACUGGACAAAAGUAAGGAGCGGAGUGCCGCAGGGUAGUGUUCUCGGCCCAACAAUGUUUGUCUUGUGCAUCAAUGACCUACCAGAUGGACUUCAAGGGUCUGUCAAGAUCUAUGCUGACGACACUAAACUGUAUGGCAAAGCAUCCACCAAAGAUGAUCUGUGCUCAAUCCAAUCUGACCUUGAUGCACUAAUGGAAUGGAGCAAUACAUGGCAAAUGCACUUCAACACACAAAAGUGCAAAGUACUACACAUAGGCCCAGGAAACGUCAAACACAUCUAUGCCCUUGGAGAUGAUGUCCUUGAAGCUACAUCAGAGGAGAAAGAUCUCGGCAUCCUCAUUGAUGACGAGCUCAAGUUCCAUAACCAUGUGGCAUAUGCUGUCAAGAAAGCAAACGGAGUACUCUCCUGCAUCCGUCGCAGCUUUGAGUGCAGAGACAGGUCCACAAUUCCAAAGCUGUACAAAGGCCUUGUCAGACCUCUCAUAGAUUACGGAGAUUCCAUUUGGUACCCUCGCUUCAAGACAGACUCCAAAACCAUAGAGAGGGUGCAGAAGAGAGCUACCAAAAUGAUUUAUGACAUCCGCAACCGUCCUUACAUAGAGAGACUUCGGGCGCUCAACCUUCCCUCCCUCGAAUAUCGCAGACGGCGAGGCGACAUGAUUCAGGUUUUCAAAAUCAUCCAUGGACUUGAACGCAUCCCAGUUGAUACCUUCUUUGAACACUCGACUAGCAACACAAGAGGCCACAGUCUAAAGAUCGUAAAACAAAGAUGCUCAACGAAGAUUAGACAGGAUGCAUUCAGCCAACGUGUCAUCAAUGACUGGAACACACUUCCUGAAGAGGUAGUCACUGCUACCACGGUGAAUGCCUUUAAAGCCAGACUGGAUCGAGUAUGGAAGGACAAGCGUUUCUGCUCCCCAUAUGAGUAGAAUACCCGACGCAGAACUGAGCCAGACACUUACCAAGAAGACACCCAACUACGAGAAGGAAGAAAAUGAAAUUGAACUGGAAGCCCGACUGCUGAGAACACAGCAUUCUUCCAGAAUCUCGGGUAAAGGUAAA